AGCAGAAAAACGUAUUGGCCGAUGCCGAUAUUUGAAAAAUGACAAAUAUCGGCCGAUAUAUCGGUCGACCACUACUGUAUUGCAUGAUAAAAGCAAUUAGCAAUUAAUCACAAAAAUCGAAUUCCUUUCAUAUGGAUAUAACACCUUGUAAUGCCUCUUUGUGAGUUUUAUGACUAUAAAACGUCAGUUGCUGUUAGAUGGGGCAAACAUGUUGAAAAUGACGUGGCUUUUUACAGUAGAGUUCUCAAAACUGUUAACAGAGUUAUGAAAUUAUUAAAAAUAUAUAUUUAAAAAAAAUUAGCAUAUUUAAAUAAGGCUGUAAAAUUCUGGAACUAUACCAGGCUAAAAUAAAGAAGGGGGCAAUAAGUAAAUACAAAUUUAACACUGCAAAUAAAUGUGAUUUUUAUGUAUUUUAAUUGAUAGUUUGUUGAAAUCUGACAUGCACAAAUGACAAGCUUAAGAAAAUGCAUUGUUCAGAAUAAUCAGUUUUAUAUUUGCAGAUCAAGUUCUUGCAAAAUGUCAACAUUAUUAAAUACUGUACAUCUAAAGUCUUGUAGUCUGUCACCAGAACUCACUAAUGUAAUUCAGACUGCUAUCGCUCCUGGUCAGAGGUGUUAUUUUAUAUUCACUGUUAUUUAUUAAAGUUUAAUGGUGCAGCACUUUAAGUAUUUAACAUUUCAUGAAUUUGUAAAUUGCUCCCUCCCAGGGGAGAGGGUUUCUUAACCAUGGUCUGUCAAGUACAUUGUGAACACAUCCAAAAUUAGCAGUGUCUGAGUAGCAGGGCUCAGAAACGCUCUGCUUUAAUAGAUUCAGAUCUUACUAAAACAAAUGCAAGAAUUAAGGCAAUACAGCAUGUCGUUCUUCCAGAAGAUUAGAUGUUUCUUUAAGAGGCAGAUUUCUAGAGUUCAGAUGACAUUGAGCGGAUUUCUUUGGUGCAAAUGGACACGUGACUCACCUGCUAUCAUGCUUUCCAGAGCGGCCACCACGGCUGGGGUCACAGCUCACAAGAUCAGUAAAUGCAUCACCUUUCUCGCCAAUGAUGUCACUGGGACUCCCGCGGCUUCUGUGUCACCUGCUCAACCUAAACCCAUAUUGUUGUUGCUGCCAUGGCUGGGCUCCAAACCGCAGGCCAUUGCCAAGUACUGUGAUAUUUACUUUCGCACAGGCUUUGAUGUGCUUGUCGUGGAAAGUGAGGUGAGCCAGUUCUUGUGGCCCCGCUGGGGGUUGGAGUAUGGUGGUCAUGUGCUGGAAUUAUUAGAGAGUGAGCGCUUCUCACAGCGCCCCCUGCUGGUCCAUGCUUUCUCCAUAGGUGCAUACACAUUUUCUCAGGUGCUUGUUCAUGUGGCCAAUGACACACAGCGUUACCAAGGCCUGACAAACAGAAUCAGGGGUCAAAUCUAUGACAGCCUUGUCAUGGGAUCGCUGGAGCAUAUGGCCAACGGUCUGGGCAAAACCAUAUUUCCCCGGAUGGAAGGUCUCGUGAAGUCGACUAGCCUUCUCUACUUUCGUGUCUUCAAAAACCAGACGGUUGGCUACUUCAGCUCAGCGAUCAAUGUUUUCUGGAACACUCCUGUGACGGCACCUUCUCUUUUUUUCUACUCUGAAAAUGAUGCACUGUGCGAUUACGAGAGCUUGGAGAAGAUGGUGGAGUUCUGGAGGAGCCAUGGCCUAAUUGUUGAGAGCAAGAAGUGGAAAGAGUCGGUUCAUGCAGGUCACCUGCGCACACACCCUCAGGAUUAUCUGUCCACACUGGAGAACUUUGUGCAGUCUCUUAACAUGGUGCCUCUGAAGGCCAAAAUGUGAAUUCUGAAGGCUGUCACUUGUCUCAUUAAACAUCCAAGUUGGCUGAAGUGCCUGGUUUUAAUGUCUCAGACAUUCUCAUGCUCUUUGUUCAAGUGGUACUAUGUUAAAUUGAUGUCUUAGUUUCUCAGACUUCUUCAGCCUUUUUAUAUUGAUGUGACUACAUGAAAUCCUUUUCAGCCAAAUAUUCCUACCUGGUCCAGAAGAUGAUUCUGGGCUCUUUUUGAAGACCGUAGCACUGGGAUGUUGGGGUUGUGCGAUACUGCAUACAGUCUGCUGAUAUGCGUCCAGUUAGGUUCAUUGCAAUAAAAUCUGAAGUUCCUGUACUUUGUCCAACAUCUGUUCGGACCUCAAAAUGACAGUCUAUCUUGAAAUGCAAAACAGUUUUUAUCCUUUUUUUUAUAAACCGUAAGCACUCUUCAAUAACACUCAACAUGUUUUAUUAGACCUUUUGUUAAUAGAGAAUAAUGGUUUAUGUAACAACUUAAUUUAUAACAUCUAUGUGAGUACAUGUCCUUUGAUCGUUUAUCUGUUGCCUCAAAAGGAAACAGCCCUGACUAAUUAUUUUUUGAAUCUACAGAAAUAGCAUAAUUUUUUCAAUGACCAAAUCUGAAUUUAUAAUAAAUAAAAAAUAUAUUUAAAUAUAAUCCACUGUUUGACACAAUCUUGGUAAACCUAUCAAAUGUUGUUUUUCUAGAAAUGGCAAGUGUUUUAAGUAAAGUUGGUAUGAUCAGGUACCUAUGCAGACAAUAUAGUAAAUACAGUAAAGCGUGAUACCUCGUUUUUAUAUUACAUUUCACUUUCUAUUCUGUAGUGUGUAAUGUUAUUCUUCAGUUUAUGCCAACUUGAAUAUUUUAAAACGACGUUCAUGGCAAAUUAUCAAAAUGUUCUGCUUUACAAAACAUCAAUGCAAAAAUGAAGGUUUUUACUUUAUUUGUUGCUUCAUCUUGCAAAAGUCAAAUAAAUCUUUCUUAUUAAUG